UUAAAGAAAAUUUUACUAAUUUAAACAGUUUUUAUUUGUAAGACUGUUAGCAAAGGUGUGUAGCACUUAAAGGCCGUAAAAGACUUAAAAGAAAAAAAACGCAAGCAUUUUUUUAAUUUAAAUAAAAUAAAAAUCCAGCAAAAAAACCCUAGUAGUUUUCUAAUUCUUUAACAAAGGAUUUUAAACUACUUUCAACUACAACAAACAGCUUUAAUUUUUUUUAGAAAAAAAACCUUAAACACAACACAUUAAAUAUGGCCGAUCAACUAACAGAAGAACAAAUCGCUGAAUUCAAAGAAGCAUUCUCACUUUUCGAUAAAGAUGGUGAUGGCACCAUCACAACAAAGGAAUUGGGCACAGUCAUGAGAUCGCUCGGUCAAAAUCCCACAGAAGCUGAAUUGCAGGACAUGAUCAAUGAAGUCGAUGCUGAUGGCAACGGCACAAUUGAUUUCCCUGAAUUCUUGACAAUGAUGGCCCGUAAAAUGAAGGAUACCGAUAGUGAAGAAGAAAUCCGAGAAGCCUUCAGAGUAUUCGAUAAAGAUGGCAACGGCUUCAUUUCAGCGGCUGAGUUACGUCACGUCAUGACAAAUUUGGGUGAAAAGUUAACAGACGAAGAGGUCGAUGAAAUGAUUCGAGAAGCUGAUAUCGAUGGUGACGGUCAAGUCAAUUACGAAGAAUUCGUGACUAUGAUGACAUCAAAGUGAGCAGCUAAAUUACUUCUUUUUAAGCUUUUCUAUGUUUUUAAGAUGUUGACGAAGACUGUAGCUGGGCGCAUUUACAUCGCGCAAUUGCUGCUGCUAUGGAUAAACAACAACAACAAAAUAUAUUUAAAUGGAGAAACAACAACAACAACCAACACUAUUGAAAUCUUAAAAAUUUAAACAAAAUAUAAAUAUUAUAUAUAUAAAUAAAUUUAAAAAAUGAGUAAAAAAAAAUUACCAAGAAAAUUUUAAAAAAUAACACCUCCCCCUCAACAACAACAACUUAAAACUUAAAUUUAUAAAAAAAACAACAACAAAUAUAUAAAACAACAACAACAUUUAAAUAUAAAUACAAUUAAUAAAUAAAAGAAAAAAUUAAUAAAACAAAACAAAAAACAUUUAAAUUAAAUACAAAAAAACCCAGAAAAUAUAUUAUAAUAAUAAAAUCAAACAAAGAAAAAAAAGAAAAACUUUAUUAUUUAAGCUAAAAAAAUGAAAGAAAACAAACAAAACAGUUGCAAAUUAUUAAAAGUUUUAACAAAAAGCUAAAUAAAAAUAAAAAAAAACUUGGCAGAGAUGGAAAACAAUUGGUUUUACCACAAAAACACUGUUGUUUUCUAAAGCAAAAAAAGGCUCGCUCUCAUUAAUUAAAUUUAAAUUAGCUAUGAAUUAAUUAUUAUUACUAAUUAAUUAAACCUUAAAUCCUCUUUGAUAUUUUUGCAAAAAAAGUUUUUUUUUAAAUUAGCGUUUGAUUUUUCAAGAAAUUUUUUUUCAAUUUUAAAUUUUAUUAAAAACAAAUACAAACCAACAAACAAAGCAAAGCAGUCAGCCUGAAAAGAACUUUUAGUAAUUAAUGUUAAAAACAAUUUCUUAAAUGUUUUUAAUUCUAAUUAAAAUAAAGUUUUUUUUUCUUAACAAAAAAAAAAACACACUUGCAGUCCUCGUUGAUAGUAAGUUAGUUAAAAAAAAUUACAAAAAAAACACUUUUUUUGAAUCAGAUACUUAAAUUUAAUUUAAAUACAAAGAAAAAAAUAAUAAAAUCUAAAAAAAAAUUUAACACUCUUACACUUUCUUAACAUGACUUCUAUUUGCAAAACAAACAAAACAAAAAAUAUUACCGAAAACAAAAUAUAUCUAUAUAUAUAUUAAAAUCCAAAAAAAAAGAUGUUAAAAGAAAAUUUUCAACAAAAAACCAAACACACAUUUAUAUAAAUGUAAUAAUUAAACAAAAACUUUCUCUUACUUUUUACUCGUUUCUAGCUUUAACAAACCAUAAGGCCUAAAAAUUCUAUAAAAAUUCUUAGAUUUCAUUUAAUUUUAAUUAAUACAAAAAAAGAAUGCAUAAUAAUUAUUGUUUAAUAUUCCAAUUACCUACAAUAAUUAUUAUUGUUAACUUCUGUCUAUUUGCUGAUGCGUUUUUAAGGCUUUAAAAACGAGUAACCAACCAACCAACAACAUACUUUUUAUUUAAAACAAAAAAAAAUAAAACAAAAUGAAAAACAAAACUUUAAAUAAAACAAAAAAAUCUUUAAAAAAUCUAAAAACAAA